AGUUCCCAUUGCUGGAGUUAAAAAAUUUUUCUCUCUCUUUUCUUUUGAGAUCCUCUCGUCACCAUCAUGGCACCCCAAGCGAAAGUGACAACCAAGAAACCAGCAGCCAAAAAGGCGACCGGUGGACCAAAAAAGGCCCAACUUCGCGGUAAAGCCCAAAAAAAGAAGGUCUCACUUUCAUUCACCAUCGACUGUACCCAUCCAGUUGAAGACAAUAUUAUGGACGUUGCUAGCUUCGAUAAAUACAUGCAAGAACGUAUCAAAGUCAAUGGCAAAACCGGAAACUUGGGAAAUGCUGUCAACAUUGAACGCAGCAAGAACAAGCUCAUCAUCAACAGUGACAUUGACUUGUCUAAAAGGUACCUCAAGUACUUGACGAAAAAAUACUUGAAGAAGAACAAACUUCGUGACUGGCUCCGUGUUGUAUCUAAAGACAAAAACACUUACGAGCUCCGUUACUUCCAAAUUACGAGCCAAGAAGACGAUGAUGAAGAAGAAGCCGAUUAAUUUUAAAUUAGUAAGCUAUUUUUUUCUCGUAUAUACAUUUAAUUAUGUAUGUGUCUGAAAAUAAAAUUCUUCAACUGGAUAA